AUGUCCCUGGGGGGUUCGUGCCCGGCUAGCUGCCAGCGCCCCUUUUUUCCUUUUUUACCGGGCGGUUUCGCCCGUGCAUUUAACGCUUCCCGUUUUUUGCCGGGCGGUUUUGCCCGUGCUUUUAACAUAUUGCCCUUUCCCGAUACGGCUUAUUCCAAGCCGUUUGUGCCGCGCGUGCGACCCCUGGUAUUCCUUCGGGUAUCCGCUUCGGGUUUUUCGGUCCUAACCGGCCCGCUGGCCCUUCCUGGCGACCCCGAAUGCACGCUCGUAUUGUGCACCCACGCUGCCAGGUGCAAUAGCAACGCCCAAUCGUUUUGCCUUUCGCAGCAAAAGCACCGGAAGUAA